AUGGGAGACAGUCGCUUUACAAUUGCUCCAAAGAGUGAUUUUAAAAUCAGACUUUCUGUAGACUUGAUAAACAAAGACUCUAAUAAUGUUCGAUCGAUCUUAAGCCAAGCCAAAGUUCGCCGCUCAAAACUGCAUCCAAUAUUUCUCACAAUAGAAAAAAUCCCAUCUGGAUGCAAGACACUUGAACAGCCUCUAGAUCCUGAAAAAGCGUCUGCUAAGCCUACUAAACCUAAAAAGCAACCUAAAAAUGAUGAAAACCCUACAGAAAUUCCUCGACCUCAAAGAAAGCAAAAUACAAAUGGCGAAAGACAAUAUAUUUGUGAAAUAGAAACCUGUGGGAGAAAAUUUCAAGACAACUCAAAGCUGAAAAGGCACAUGCUUACACAUACUGGGGAAAAGCCUUUUAAAUGUGUAUUUUGUGGGAAAAGAUUUUCACUAGAUUUUAAUUUGAAAACUCAUUUGAGGGUGCAUACAGGAGAAAAGCCUUACCAAUUCAGGAAGAAAUAAAGGUUGUGGGUGACGGAAGAUGGAUUCCUAGACGCACUCCCUAUGGAGUAGAUAGGGCUGCCCAGAUGAAGCUCAAAAUAGUGCCUCUAUCACUUUUUAUAGCAGGCAUUUGGAUUUGGGGAAGCAUUGCCUAAGAGGGAAGUUUUCUUCCCCCCGAAGGUUUUCCUAUUUCUGCAAUAUGGGCUAGACACUUUUUUGUUAGCAUAAGCUCUUUCCUUAUCAGAACCAUUAAGGCACAUUCCAGACAGUGUCUCUGCCUUAGGCAGUUAAUUCCUUGGACAGGUGAUAUAGGGUGGAAAUCAAAAAUGAAUCUCUUCCUUUUCCUUAUUCAGAUUCUAAGGUGGCUUUUUGGAGCCGAGACAAUGCAAGUGGCUAGUGGUUAACUCUGGUUAUGGCUUUAAAACAUCAUUAUCUAAUCUUACCAAUGCGCAUUUCCUGGUUGCAUGAAAAGAUUUACGCAGUCAAGUAACCUGACAGCUCAUGAAAAAACGCAUGAAAUUAGUGAUGGUGAAGUAAGGACAAAGCGACCAAAACCUGUUGAUAUUAGCUCUCCAGAAUUGUCUCAAAAUUAUGGGCCAGAGCAUCCCUUUAUAGUGGACCCUUUUCCACUACCAAAUUUUGAUAUGACAUUUAUGAAUGCAACCCCUUCUAUGCCUAAUAAUUGAAAUGAGGGACAAAUAAAUUAUCUUUACUCCCCCCCCCUCCGUGAGUGAACAAAAAAAUUUUGUUCACUCACGGAGGGUUAAUUUUUUUUUUUUUAAAAAAAAUUUAUAUAUAAAUUUUAUAAAAAUUUUUUUUUUCGAAAUUUAAAAAAUUCCUAAUUCGCAAAAAUUGGAAAGCAAAUAUUAAUUUAAUUUAUAAAAUUUAUGUUUUAAAAAACAAUUCGUUUAAAAUUAAUCAGAAUUAGCUCUAGAUUACAUUAUAUUAAUUAUCAUUUAUAUAUCAAAUUUUUUUUCCAGGAAAAAUUUUUGUUGACUCACGGAGGGUGGGUUUUUGGGCAAAAAAUAGGGAUUUUUCUAAUGGUUUUGUUCACUCACGGAGGGGGGGGAGUUAG